AUGAUGGAUAAUACCGAACCUGAUCAACAACAAGCAAAGCAAAAGCGACUAACAAGAAAGAGAUGGACACCGUCUCUAGACAAGGUCUUAGCUGAUUUGGUUGUUAAACAGAUCCAACUAGGAAACAGACAGAACAACGGUUUCGACAGGAAAACAUGGCUCAACAUACGUAACGAGUUCAACCACCAGACGGGGCUUAAUUACAACAACAAUCAGCUUAGGAAACAUCUUAAUGUUUUGAGACAACGUUAUGAUUCGGUUAAAUCUUCUCAGAUCCAUAACCAGCUUGUUAUGGAGGAUGCAGGUUGUAUCUUGGGGUUGGACUUGUGGGAAGAUUUUGGUGUGCAGCCUAGGAGUGAACCGGUUAAAGUUAAGGAUUGUCCAAUCUAUGAGCAGCUUUCCACUAUAUAUGGUGAUGUUUCCUCUGAGGGGAUGUAUGCUCAGUCAAGUCACUUUGAAGGUUUAGAAGAAUCAAUGCCAAAUCAUACCCCAGAGAAUGUACCAACGCCAAAUGUGGAGAGAAAGAGGAAGAGAGAAUUGGAUUUGAAGAGUUCUUCUGUGUCUCCGAGCCAGAUUGAUUCAGCGGUAAUGGAGACUAUGGCAAGUACUUUGUCGGAGAUGGUAACUACUCUGAGGUCAAGGAUGGAUGGUUUGGGAAAGGAAGAAGAAGAUGAUAGGUUUAGUAUCACAAACUGCAUCAAUGUGCUUGAUGGGAUUGAGAAUGUGGAUGAAGGUGUUUACUUUGCUGCUUUAGAUCUUUUUGAGAGUCCUUGUCUUAGAGAGACUUUUAUCUCUCUUAAAGCUAACAAGUUGAGGUUAACAUGGUUGCAAGUUAAGUGCAGGAACAAAGUUACUCCUUCAGUGACACAGCUAGGUUGA